AUGUCGAAACGACUGGCGACGCUCGGUUCCGCGGCCCUGAUUGCGGUGACGUCCAUGGCGAUCGGAAUCAUCAUCGCGUCGCGGUUCGAUAUGGCGCCGGCUUCAUCGGCGCAGACGCAGACGUUCACGGCGCCGCCGAUGAACAGCGAGCCGCUCAGCGGGCCGAUCGACGCCGGCACGUUCCGCGAGAUUGCCCGGACCCAGGCGAGCAUGGUCGUCAACAUCCGCACCGAAUCGCUGCGCGCCGGCGGCGGUCCCAACGAUUUCUUCGGCGGCAACGACCAGUUCCGGCGGUUCUUCGGGGUGCCGGGUCCCGAUCAGGAGCAGCAGGAAGAAGAGACCGUCCCGGGCAUGGGCACCGGUUUCGUGAUCGACGACUCCGGGCUGAUCCUGACGAACAACCACGUGGUGGCCGAAGCAACAAAAAUCGAAAUCGAUUUCUUCGGCGACGAGGACGGCACGUACUACGAGGCCCGCGUGCUCGGCCGGGAUCCGCUGACCGACAGCGCCCUGCUGGAACUGACCGAACGGCCGGACGGACAGUUGUCGGUGGCGCAGUUCGGCGAUUCCGACCAGAUGGAACCGGGCGAUUGGGUGAUGGCCAUCGGCAACCCGUUCGGCUACGGCCAUACGGUGACCGUGGGGGUAAUCUCCGCCGUGGGACGCCCCUACCGGUCCGUGCCCGGCCGCUCGCAGGACGUUCUGCAAACGGACGCGGCCAUCAAUCCGGGCAACUCCGGCGGGCCGCUGCUCAACAUCCGCGGCGAGGUAAUCGGGAUCAACACCGCGAUCGUCAGCGAUCGGCCGUCGAACGUCGGCAUCGGCUUCGCCAUUCCGAGCAAUAUCGUCCGCGAGCUGCUGACCGAACUGCGGGGCGGCAAGGUCACCCGCGGGCGGAUCGGCGUGCAGAUCUACGAUGUCGAGGACGCGGAGGACGCGGAGGCGCUGGGGCUCUCGUCGGAGAUGGGCGCCAUCGUCUCUGCCGUGGCCGAGGACGGUCCGGCCGGCCAGGCCGGCAUGCGGCCGGGCGACAACCGCGUCGUCAACACGCGGCCCGGGACGACGGUGCCGGUCCGCGUGGUGCGGGACGGCGAGGAGUUGACGCUCAACGUCACCAUUGAAGAGCUCGACUUCGACGUCGAAGCGCGCGGCCCGGAAGCCGAGUCGCCGGAAGAGCUGAGCGAAGGGUUCGGCAUGACGCUGCGUGACCUCACGCCGCAGGCCGCGGCGCGCCUGCGGCUGCCGGACGGCACGACCGGAGCCAUCGUGGCCGACCUGCAGCGGCGCGGGGCCGCCGCGGCCGGCGGCGUGCGGGCUGGCGACGUCAUCCUGAGCAUCAACCGGGUCGAGGUAGGCAGCGCCGCGGCGGCGGUGCGCGAGCUCAACAGCGUCGAAUCGGGCCGCGCGGCGUUCCUGCUUAUCCAACGCGGCGACGAGCAGGUAUUCCUGCAGAUCCGCAAGGAGUAG